AUGGUUGAAAGAGGAUUUGAAUUAGCCUCAAGGUGUUGCAUUUGUGAAGAAGAUCAGGAUAAUAUGCAUCAUUUGUUAUGGGAGUGCAGAUUCAGUACACAAAUUUGGAGAUGGAUAUGUUCUAUAUUCAAAUUCAAAAUUCCAAAAUCUUUUGAAGAGGUGUGGAGUAAUACAAAUGGUAAAAGUCCUUUCAUAAGAGAAUGUUGGAUUCUAGCUGCCUGUGCAAUAUUAAAAGAUCUUUGGUUUCAGAAAAACAGGAUGUUUUUUGAGCAGAUUAAGCCAAACAUUCAAACAUUCGAGGCCAUGAUCAAAAAGACAAUAUAUGAAGGAGGGUUCAUAAUGAAAAGCUACAAGUGGAAUACUGGUAUAGAUAACCAGGUAAUUCUUAAUUUUAAACUGGAACCAAGAAGAAUUAAAUUCCAAUACAUUAAAACUUGUUUUUGGACACCACCAUGUGCUGGCUUUGUUAUGUUUUUCUGUGAUGGAGCAUCAAUUGGGAAUCCAGGAUAUGCUGGUUUUGGUGUAGUAAUAAGAGAUCACUUGUGUCAAGUGUUGGGAUUUAUAUCUGGUGGAAUUGGCAUAGCAACAAAUUACAUUGUAAAAGUGUAUGCAAUCAUCUGUGCAGUGGAACUGGCAGUAGAAUGGAAGAUGGAGAAUGUAAUUCUUAAUUCAGAUUCAAAAACAGUCAUAUCAGAGUUUGAAAAUAACAAGAUGCCUUGGUUUGUUAAAAUGAGAUGGCAGAAGGACACAAGGAAGAUUCAGUCAAUCAAAUUCUUGCAUAGUUUCAGAGAAAUAAACUUUGCAGCAGAUACAACAGCAAAGAGAGGUGCUAGAUUAGUUUUAGGGAAAAGGAAAAUGUUUUAUGGAAGACCUGGCUUCUUGUCAAGAAUAGAGCAACCAAAUGUUGCAUAUUAUAGAAAUUUUUAG